AUGCGGAAAAUUAUGCCAUGGAAGCCGGAGAGAAUUAAAGUCCUGCUAGGCGGGCUUUCUAGAAUCUCAGUGUCCAUCACCAAUAAUGCCAUUGGACGCGCACAUUCCGGGGACCGGAGUCUUUUCGGUGGCCCCCGCGCCGAAGAAGCCCAAGCGAACCAGGGCGAGCGCGUCAAAGUUGGUUCAAGAAUGCUUCGACUGACCCCAAGUUUCCUUUCAUCACAGCAAAGUCCGACAUGUGAAGUGUGA